AUGCACCUGGCGACCAUCACGUUGGAGAUGGAGUCAUCAGACACCAUCGACAACGUGAAGGCAAAGAUCCAGUUCUCCGUGCUCUCGGCGUCAUAUCCCACGAUCCACAGACUACUUCUCGCCGCUCUUGAACGGAGAGAGCUGGAUGACCGUGAUCAUCUCAGGAAGAAACAUCUUGAUUUGGCUGGUCCUCUACUCGCUGGUCUAUUCCGCAUGCUGUUCAAGAAGUUGACGAAGGAUGUUUACCGUUAUCUUCAGAAGUGUGUGGAGACGCAUCCCCCCAGCAUGCAACCUCAGCCUGCUUCUCUGGCAGUGAGCCUUAUUCAGCUCCACCCCCUCCUCUCAGUGCCUAGCCCCCUCCUCCUAGUGCUCAGCUUGGGGGCUGGGCGCCUUGCGCCCAGCCCCCUCCUCUCAGCGCUCAGCCUGCCCCCCAUUCCAAUGUCCUUUCCGGCGCUAGCUAUAGCGGCUACAUCCAUCACCCUGGCCCUAGCGCCCCGCCUCACUAUGCGCCUAGCGCCCACCCCCCAUCAAAUCCAAACACCUGUCCCCUACUCUCAUCCUGGCCAAGGCCAGCUCUAUCUCCCCCUCAAUCACAAGGACGGGGGAAUGGACUACGACGACGACGACGUGUGCAUAACUGGGUCCCAUGUGACGGCCGAUUACGGCGAGAACAUCACGGACCUCAACAGCCCCCCCAGGCGCCAAUCCGCCCACAAACACCAGCUCCCCCCAUCCACGCCGUUGCCUUCUAUCACCCCCCCUCCUCGUACCGAAUUCAAACUCCCCGAGAAGCCGCAGACGAUGCAGCGCGAUAGCCGCGCUGCCUUUGCCACCCCUGACCCUACGAGACGCCGCACGGCAUGCACCCUAAUCUCAGUGGACUUCGUGUAUUUUCACAAAUUUAUUGAUAUCCGUCAGUUCAAAUACAAAGCGCCUUGGGGGGAUCUACUUUAUCACUACUCCUCACAACGGGCUUUAGCGACCUUUAGCGAGUUUCCCAAAAGCUACUCUUUAGUACCUCUAUAA